UAUGCUUUGAGGAUGAGUGCUGUCGGGGAAAACUCGUCGGACCCUGCCAGGUCAGAGGCUCAAAAGCGCAAGGAAUGCCCGUCAGACCUCCUGGGCCCAAGUCCCAAACGAAGCACUGAGAAACGUAACCGGGAACAUGAAAAUAAAUACAUAGAGGAGCUCGCAGAGCUGAUUUUCGCGAACUUCAGUGAUAUCGACAACUUCAAUGUCAAGCCUGACAAAUGUGCAAUCCUAAAGGAAACCGUCAAACAGAUUCGUCAAAUUAAAGAGCAAGAAAAAGCUGCUGCAGCCAAUGAGGAUGAAGUGCAGAAAGCUGAUGUGUCGUCGACAGGCCAAAGUGUUAUUGACAAAGAUGCCCUUGGACCAAUGAUGCUGGAGGCCUUAGAUGGGUUCUUCUUUGUGGUGAACAUGGAGGGGAACAUCGUGUUUGUGUCAGAGAAUGUGACACAGUACCUGCGGUAUAAUCAGGAAGAGCUGAUGAACACCAGUGUUUACAGCAUCCUGCAUGUAGGAGACCAUAACGAAUUCAUCAAAAACCUCCUGCCCAAGUCACAUGUGAACGGAGUGCCGUGGUCCAGCGAGAAUCCUCGGCGGAACAGCCACACCUUCAACUGCCGCAUGCUCGUGAACCCUCACAGCGAGGCCGAAGAGAUGCAGGAUCACGAGGCACAGCAGAAAUAUGAGACUAUGCAGUGUUUCGCUGUGUCUGAACCAAAGUCCAUCAAGGAGGAGGGAGAGGAUUUCCAGUCGUGUCUGAUCUGCGUAGCGCGGAGAGUACCCAUGAAAGAGCGACCCAUGCUCCCCACGCACGAAAGCUUCACCACCCGCCAAGACCUCCAAGGUAACCAUGCCAACGCCACCCCUCUCUUCAAAGGGUGUUCACAUCACGUGCUAAGGCAUGGGCAGGCGUUCAGUCCCAUCUACCGGUUUUCCUUGUCCGACGGGACCAUCGUCUCCGCCCACACCAAGAGCAAACUGGUUCGGUCACCUGGUACCAACGAGCCACAGCUCUACAUGUCACUGCACAUUUUACAAAGGGAGCAGCCCGUCUGUGGCAUGACCCCUGAUCUUGGAAAUGCUCAGCAUAUGGGCAGAACCAUGAACCCCAUGAGUUCUCCCAAUACAGCAGGUUCCUCCGGCGCCCCCCAGGGACAGGAUGCCACCGUCAGCAGCAACACAUCCACUUUCCCCUCCCCUGGUGGCCAGAAGGAGCCCGGCGCCAUCGGCCCAGUACAGGGACACCGUUUUGGGUGCCCGGGAACUAUAAGCCAUUCGGCAACCAUGCAGGCGGCUACCCCUCAGGGCAGUGGCUAUCCGCUGAAGUUGAGCAGCCCGUCUCAGGGCAGUCCGGGCAUGCUUUCUCCACGCCACCGAGCCAGUCCCGGAGUGGCAGGAUCUCCACGCUUGCCCCCGCCGCAGUUCUCCCCAGCAGGCAGCUUACAUUCACCUGCGAGCAUGUGCACUAGCAGUACAGGUGGCAAUGGGGGAGUAGGCGGUAAUCAUGGUUACACAAGCAGUUCCCUGAACGCCCUCCAGGCACUUAGCGAGUGCCACGGUGUGAGCCACGGCCAAUCACUUGGCUCGCCCGACAGGAAGUUGGGGUCACCAGCCGCAGUGGGCGUCAAUCUUCACAUGCUGAACAAAAUGGGAGCCUCAGAGUCAUUCGGAGAGCAGAACCAAUCAGAGCAGGGUAAUGGUGGGCUGGAUGAGGGCAUCGAACAGUCAAGAGAUGAAAAGGGCAACCUCGGCCAGUUUAACAACCCGGACGCCAGUGAUCCACAGAACCGACUACGUGACAACAAAGGCCAUACUAAACUCCUCCAGCUCCUCACCACUAAAACUGAGCCUAUCGAGUCCACCUCACCUCCUCCAAUGGCUGGUGGAGAGCCCGGGUGUAAGGACCCCGCUGGUGGCCCAGGGAACGGCGGCAUGGGCACUCAAACCGGAGCUGGGACGCAUGCUACUUCCCUGAAGGAGAAACACAAGAUCCUUCAUAGACUUCUCCAGAACAGCUCAUCGCCCGUCGACCUGGCCAAACUCACAGCCGAGGCCACGGGGAAGGAGCUGUGUCAAGAUUCUGCUGGUGGGGCGGCCGGUGUGGCUGAAUUAGCCAUUAAACAAGAGCCCGUCAGCCCCAAGAAGAAGGACAACGCCCUGCUGCGCUACCUACUGGAUAAAGAUGAUAAUGUACUUAAGGAGAAAGGCAUCAAAAUGGAACCUGGUGAAAUAAAGAUGGAGGGCAGUAAGAUGCUGGGAAUUAAGACGGAGAAAAAUGAUGGCGGCUAUGACCGUGGGGAGCCGUCGAGCGAGCUGGAUGAUAUUCUGGAUGAUCUACAAAACAGUCAGCCGGGCCUGUUCUCAGAUUCCCGGCCAGUGUCUUUGCCUGCUGCUGUGGACAAGCAGUCAAUCAUCAAUGACAUCCUGCAGAUGACUGGAGAGGGUGGAGCCAGCAUGGGUCCCCAGCAACAGAGAGCAUUGCAGGCUGUGGGCCAACAGAUUUUCAGUGCUCAGCGACCAGGUCAGCCCGGCAGAGCUCCUCCGGUCAGAAGCGUGUCUUUGGAUAUGAACAUGCCUGCUAAAGGCGCUCAGGGUCAGUACCCUCUGAUGAGGAACAACAGCCCCUACUCGCUCAUGCAGCAGCAAGGCAUGAUGGGAAACCACAGCGUCAUGCCUAAUCAGCCCAACAUGGUCAAUGCAGGAGUGAUGGGUAAUAACGGUCCCCGUGUAGGUAUGCAACAGGACGGUUGGGGCGCACAGGGUCCCGGUCCCGGUCCCGGUCCCGGUCCCGGUCCCGUCGGUAGCGCGGCCUCACCCGUCACAACUGCUCCCGCCGGCCAGCACUCUCUCCCGCAGGGGGCGCUCCACUCUCGCAUGGUGCCCAACUCUGGAGCAGGCAUGCCCAUGAGGCCCAACAGCCAGCCUGGACCCAGACAGAUGCUUCAGUCCCAGAUGAUGCCCAAUGCCCAGUCAAACAUGGACAUGGGCAUGGCUGGCCACCAGUUUCCCCAGCAACAGGCACCGCCCAAUCAGACGGCUCCAUGGCCAGACAGUGUGAUGCCUAUAGAGCCGGUGCCAUUUGGGAACCAGAACAGCUCUAUGUAUAGCGGUUCUCAGGAGGAUGUUCUGUGCCCUCCUGCCUCUGAGGGUCCGGCUGAUGAGGUUACUUUGCUCAGCCAGCUCUACACGGUUCUCAAAGAUUUUGACGGCCUAGAGGAGAUUGACCGUGCUCUAGGCAUCCCAGCUUUAGUGGGACAGGCUCAGCCGGUGGAGCAGGAUCAGUUCCCCGGUCAGGACCCCAGUAUGAUGAUGGAUCAGAAGCCGCCCAUGUAUGGCCAGCAGCAGUACGCCGCCUCCCAGGCCCACAUGCAGCAGGGCGGCUACACGCCCAUGCAGGACCCCAGCUUCCACGGCAUGACGGCACAGAUGGGGCAGAGGCCGGGCUACCCCAUGCUCCGCAUGCAGGCUAGACCAGGACUCAGGCCCGCCGGGGGCGUCCCCACCCAACCCAAUACACUCAGACUGCAGCUGCAGCACAGGCUACAAGCACAGCAGAAUCGUCAGCCUAUGAUGAAUCAGAUGACUGGAGUGUCAAAUAUGAACCUACCUCUAAGACCCAACGUUCCGAAUCAGGGGACAAUCAAUGCUCAGAUGCUGGCCCAGCGGCAGAGAGAGCUGCUGAGUAAUCACUUGCGCCAGCGUCAACUGGACCAACAACGGCAGCAACAGCAACAGCAGCAGCAGCAGCAGCGCAGCAUGGUCAUGCGAGCCCAGGGCCUCAACCUGCCACCCAACAUGGCAGCGGCCGCAGCAGGCAUGCCCGGAGCCAUGAGCAACCCGCGGAUCCCCCAGGCCAACCCCCAGCAGUUCCCCUAUCCGCCCAACUACGGUACAGGACUGGCCUCGCCGCCUCCCUCCAGCAGCCCUUUCUCCCCCGGUUCUCCCAACCUCCCCGCCCCCCAGCUCCUCUCCCACAGCGCCAUGCAUGGCUCUCAGAUGAGUCUAGCUAACCAGGGGAUGCUGGGCAGUCUGAGCGGACAGUUUGGGGCUGUUAUGAGCCCUCAAAUGCAGCACAGUGCCUUUCAGUUCCCCAGCUCAGGUAUGAGUCAGCAGUCGGACAGCGGGUUCGGUGGUGCCGCCACCCCUCAGAGCCCCCUCAUGUCUCCCAGGAUGGGCCACGCCCAGAGUCCCAUGAUGCAACAGGCGCAGGGCAACACCUCUUUCCAGUCCUCCCCUGACAUAAACGGCUGGACACAGGGCAACAUGAAUGCCAACAGUAUGUUCACUCAGCAGUCGCCACCUCAGUUCGGCCAGCAGGCCAAUAACAACAUGUACAAUGGUAACGGCAUGAACCUCAACGUGUCCAUGGCCACCAACUCAAGCAGCAUGGGCCAAAUGGGCAACCAGAUGAGCAUGAGCUCUAUGAACUCUGGACCUGGGGGCGGCAUGGCCAACAUGGGCCCUGAACAGCAGAAGUAUUGUUGACCCGGGGCAGAGACAUCCCAAUGCAGUAAAGCGAGUUUAAUGAAGAUGUUUCAUCAGUGAUUUUCAGCCGCAUCGUGAUCACGGAGAGUUUGGAGUGAUGCUGUGCUAUUUAAGCUGCUAUCGGGGCUGUACGGGUCUUUAGAGAGCCUGUCGGCUGCCCCCUUCUGGACAUCUCUAGAGGAUGCAUCAGGGGUACUGGAGCUCAGAGGAGAUGGACACUCUCCCUCACUCUCUCUCUCUCUCUCACACACACACACACACACACACUAACACUUUGAUCUUCUGGACCUAGAAACC